AUGUCACAGGUAGGCACAAAUCCGCUGCAAACUCAUCAGGAUGGACGCCUUGCAAAGCAUCCUGCGCUAUCACGUCCUCUCUAUGCCUUUGAUCUUCCCCCAGCACUUCACAACUCCCUCCGACUCCGAUCAAGAAUAGAGGAGACAGAAGCGUCCCAGCUGUUGGCUCCAACUGUGUCAGAAUCGCCAUCACCUGCGCCUCAAGAAUUGCAGACACACGAUGCCGGCCAUCCUCGCACACCCUCUCAGCUUCGUGUACCGCCGUGCUCCCUUUGUCCCUCGUGUCCCUCGUUCGCAUCAGUCACAGCGCAGCGUGCUCACUUCCGCUCCGACUGGCAUCGAUACAACGUACAACUCAACGUACAGAAUGCUUCGCUUCUCGUAUCCGAACAAGUCUUCGAAAAGCUUUCAGAAGAGGUCGAGAGCGCAAGCGAGCUCGAGUCGGACGAAGACGCUCACCAGUCACAGUCUUCCGCGGUAAAAACUGAUAUCGUUACCAAGAUUCUGGCUCGCACUUCGCUCAGUGCCGGCAGCCGCCCAUCUCCUGACAAUGCAGAAGAAUCGACAGAAGCACAUGAUUCCAACACGCUGGAUGCCAUGCAGUUGCGUGCACCUCUUCUAUGGUUUGUUUCCAAAGGUACUGCUUCCGACGCAGACAAGCUGCACCAGACACAGCUCGGAUUUCACCGUAAUGCUUUCCCAGACCCAGGCACUCCUUCAGCUCCCGCGUUGUCCGGCACAUCUUCCAUCGCCGACUGGUAUGCCGCCUGUAUUACCUCUAUGCAAGCUGGCCGUAUCACCCGCAAAGGAUCAAAGCAGUCGGCGUGGAAAGGUAAGCGUGUCAAGUCAAAGGAAGUUCAAGAAGCCGCCAAAUCUGUCAUGAUGACCGUACUGGAUGGUCAAGGUUUCAUCCCUGGUCUGUCAACAGCGGUCAAGUCGGAGACCGCCGGCAGCAGCGACGAAGAAGCGGCUUUCAGCUCAGGUUCCGACAACGACGAGUCUUCCGACGAGACCAUGUCAGCGUCCACGAUCAGCCGCAACCCCAUUGCUGACCCACCAUUGCGCAUGUGGACUGUUCUUCUGCUUGGCGGUGGUCACUUUGCAGCAUCCGUCAUCGCCCUCAAUCCGCAUGUGACUACGUACAGCGGAAAACAACGAGGCGGCAACAACGCUCCCAGAGAAGACCGUUCGCUGAUUCUAUUGGCGCACAAAGCCUUCCAUCGGUAUACCACGCGCCGUAAGCAGGGUGGUGGUCAAGCUGCUCAGGAUGCUACGGGGCGAUUUGCCAAGUCGGCAGGUGCCCAACUGCGCCGAUACAACGAGGCUGCACUCGGGGACGACAUCCGGGAUCUUCUCGACUCACCUGGUUGGAGAGAGCUCGUCUCCCGCAGUGAAAAAAUUUGGAUCCGAGCGGGAGCACGCGCCGCGAGAGGUCUUCUCUGGUCUUGGGAAGGUGCAAAAGCUAGUCGAGGCAGUCCGCUCGAAGCUGCUCGUACUGAUGGCCGACUUGGAUCCUUGCCCUUCCCUACCAGACGUCCUACGAUCGGCGAGACGGUGCGAUGCUUCCUCGAGCUUGCCAAGGUCAAGGUCGAGCACAAGUCUGCGGAACAACUCGCAGCUGAGGAGCAAGAGGCGCUCGAACGUAUCAACCAGAAAUCCCGCAAAGAGGCCGAAGCUAGGCGGCGAGAGGAGAAAGCCCGAGAGCGCGCAACUGCUUUGGAGAAGAGUCGGGCCGAGAAGAGUGCCAAGCCAGUGCGCUUGAGCGAGGAGGAACAAACAGAGCGAAGCAAGUGGAACCGGUUGGUCGAGAUGAUCCGCAAAAACAGAUCAGAAGCAGCCAUAACGUUCCUCAGCAAGAACGAGCAGGAUUUGCUCGGCGGCAACAUCGACGCUCGGUUUCCAGACUGGCUUCUCGAACAGGAAGCCAACGAAGCUGGUUCAUCCGCCCCGGCUUCGAGACUGAUUCCAGGCACACUUCUGCAACUGGCAGCCGAAGCUGGCAGCGAGACAGUCUUACGCUACCUUCUUGAAGACAAGCGUGCCAAUCCAACCCUUGCUGCUGAGCGACUAGGCGAACUGCGAAAGCGCUUUACCGAAGCUAGUGAGGCGGAUCAGCCAGAAGACACAUUGGUCGAGCCACCGCACCGCGCUGCGUACGAUCUGUGCAGCACGAAAGAGGUGCGCAAUGUGUUCCGUCGAAUGAUGGCCGAGCAUGCUGACUGGUUCCACUGGGGCGGCAUGUCGUCCGGUGGAGCCCGUGUCCCCAGUGCGCUGACCGAAGAAAUGCAGGACAGCCAGUCGGCAAAGCAGAAGGACCGACGAGCGGUCAUGCGCGAAAAGGCACGAGAGCGUGCCAGCAAAGCCGCCGAGAAAUCCGCCUCCAACGCCUCUGCAUCGGCCGAGGAGCAGGCAGAAUCGGCAGCUCAGCAACAGCAGCAGAAGAGCACGCAUCACACCACCAACCGUCUCGGAGGCAGCAAUACGGCGCCGAGGGCUCUGUUGCAGCAGAGGGACGAACAGCAAGGAUUGACUCCGGAGAUGCGGGCUCGAAUCGAACGCGAGAAACGCGCCAGAGCAGCAGAAGAGCGCAUGAAAGCUCUGAUGAACAAGUAG